AUGGCAGAGAUAUAUGCUGAUGCGGCUGCUGCCGCAGUGGGUGCCGAUGAUAGUGAUGAGGAGCUUGGAGCUCCUGCUGGGGCAUUUGUGCCUCCUGGGAACCCGUUUUCCCCAGCGUCUGCUGCAAGCAGAGCACCGCCGAACGAGGAGCGGUUGAUGCAAGUGUUGGAAAACCUGACAACCCUUGUUUCCAACAACACUGGAGCGCCUAGGGAGCAGGCGAUCCGAGGGCGCGACCUUGCAAAGGUCCUCAAGGCUCCUGAGCCUUUCCGUCCCAAGGACCGGGAUGCAGAGCUUUCACUGUGGGCUAAUUGGUCUUGGGAGUUGGAACAGUACCUGUCUUGUCUUGAUCGAGCAUUUGGCGUGGAGCUUCAGACAAUCCGUCGUAGGCCUGCCAAUCCGAUUGCACUUGCAUCCUUGACUGAAGCUGAAGCAGACAGGUCCCGACUUCUUUACGGUGUCUUAGCCGGGCUCUUGCAUGACAAAGGCAAGCGAGUCUUGAAAUCCUUGACAGAUGCAAACGGGUUUGAGGCAUAUAGAAUCCUCAGUCAAGAUUUAAUGCCGAGUUCGCGCAAUCGCAUUUUGGCGUUGUUGCAAGCAAUACACUCGUGGCCCGCAUUUGACAACCGGACCGGCCUUAUGACCCAACUCACCCGCUUCGAGAGUGCGGUGAAUGAAUAUGAAGGCUUGACUGGCACUAGCAUGUCAGACGACAAUCGUUUGGCCGCCGUUCUUCGAUGUCUGUCCGGACAACUCAGGACCCAGGCCACCGUCUUGAUCACAGAAAGCUCCACGUAUCAGGAUCUUCGGAAUUUGAUUGAGCGCUGGGACACUUCCCAGACAAAGUGGAGCACUUCGAUUGCCAGCACGUUUGGGAUUGCAUCUUCGUCCUCAGGCGGUCCCGCGCCCAUGGAGAUUGAUCGUGUCGCAUGGAAUAAGGGCAAGCCUAAGGGCAAAGGUGACAAAGGCAAAGGCAAGCCAAAAGGCAAAGGUCAUGGUGGCAAGCCACAAGGCGGUAAAGGUGGUAAGAACCAAGGCAAGCCAAAAGGCAAGGGCAAAGGCGGCAACACUCCCAAAGGUCCGCCUCCUGCAACUGAGACUCGCACCUGCCGUUACUGUGAGCGCAAGGGUCACUUGGAGAAGGAUUGCUGGCUUAAGCAAAAGCAUGAGAAAGGCCGUGUCAAUCAGGUUUCCGAGGUGCAGCCGUCAGACAGUGCAAGCCAGGCUGCAGCAUCGAGCACGGCAACCACAGCCGUUCGCCGUGUGCAGGUCUUUGAUCUUGGUGACACGUCAAGCUGGUUUGCAGGCGGCCAUGUGCGUGCCGUUAUAGCCGAGCCGGGUUUGAGAGCCAAGGCAAUCCAGUGCCCCACAGGUUGCAUGCCGAGAGGGAUUUCAGAAUUUUCAGAUUUUGAUUUUCUUGAUGCAAUGCGUGACAGCCACCUUGGCUUGGGCUAUCCAGUUUCAGAUGUCUUGACAAUUUCGGGAGUUGAGCGCUUCGAGUGUUCGGAUGGCUUGAGCGAUUGUCUUGAUAACAUUUUCAACGGGUUUGAGAGCCGAGGCAAUCCAGUCCCCACAGGUCGUUUUGAAUUUUACGAUCAGUGCAGCGUGCCAGAGGGUCCCAUUUUGCUUGAGCAAGAUCAGUGCAGCGUGCCAGAGGGUCCCGGGUCCGAGUGUGACCACAGCUUCGACAUGUCAGCUUGUGAUGCCAAUGCAGGGUCGUGGUGCAUAGCUGCAUCGACCUUUGAUCUUCAGGACGAGUCAGACUGCAGCGGGAUUCCUCAGUUUGUGUGCGCAGUGCAUUCCAUUGACAUGUUGGUGCACGACUCAGAAGCUCAUGAGAUCAUCCUUGACAGUGGAGCAGACAUGAGUUGCCUGCCACUUUGCUAUGCCACGCAUGGCACCAGUCAGGGCGCCGGAGGCUUGGCAUUGAAAGAUGCACAGGGCGAGCCACUUGCUGUGAACGAUUUGAGAGAAGUUGAUUUCGUUUUGCAGAGUGAAGAAGGUGAGCCGAUUGUGUGGCGAGAAGUUUGCGCGAUUGCACCUGUCACUCAGCCUCUCUUGUGCAAGGGCAAGCUCAUGCGUGCUGGGUGGUGGCCACAGCGCAAGCCCACCAUGUGUCUUGAGCAUGACAGUGGCAUCCGAGUGCCGAUGAGCUUCAAGGGCAAUUCGCUAUGCAUCAAAGCUGCCAUUUACCGUGUCGGUGAGCAGUCUGUGAAUCCUGCACUCCAUGUCAGGUUUGUUCAAGCAACGAUUGAUGCAAGCAUGAUUGAUGCACCGUUUGGAUGGCAGAUGUCAGAGCAGGGUGAUAUGUUCUUCCGCGGCCGAGGGUCGCACUUCAUCGAUCCUUCCAUCGUUGCCCCUGUUGGGUGGCCAUGCAGAACCACGCUUGUGAAGCCGUGCCGAGACGGCUACGACCACUGGCUCCUGCUUGAACACUGUGUGAGCUGGGGUGAGCUUCAGGAGUUGUCUGCUGUGCUACCGCACGGGGAAUGCGAUGUUGUGUGUGUGCUCACGACUGAUCGAACAUCGCUUGAGGACAUGAUGAUCGUGCCAAGCAGGUCAGUCAAGGACUACAUCAGUUGGAGCGGGCCGCAGCCAGCAGAUCCCAAUGCAGGGGAGCUUGAUGAAUAUGAGCCCAGUGAUGAUGGAAUGGCAGAGGCUUUCGAGCCCGCCGAGGUGAGUGUGUCUCCCUUGCCUGAUGUUGAAGUUGCGGAUGCGCCGAUGCCGGAGCGCAAGAGUGAGCGAGAUGUUCUGGUGUAUGAUGGCGUCGAGUUGUCUUUGGCAUCGACUUUGAAUGUCAUCAGAGCUUCGUGCAAGGACAUUGCUCUGAAGAGUGAGGUUGCUCAAGCAGUCGAAGGCGACAGCACGCGUGUUGCAAAAGGCUGGUGUGAUCACUGCUUGUCCAUGCGCGGGCUUGAGGCGUUGCAGGCUAGGCAACAUGCAGCUCCAGCUGCAAAUGUUCUUGCGGUGCCAGAUGCUGUUUCCGUGGUAGAUUCCAAUGCAGGCGAUCAGGCUGCCCUCGUGCCGGCUGUGGCACCAAGUGUGUCUUCAUUUGAUUUGGAUUCCUUCGAGUGGGCUUUAUGGUUGGAACUCAAGCCGAUUCUCUUGGAUCACUCUGAUGUGCUCCUUCAGAUGUCGAGCUCCACGAAUGAGCUUUUGCUUACUGAAAAGUUCUUCAACACUUUGGCGCAAUUGGUUGAUAUGCUUUGGGCGACCCACCGGGGGCACUCGGCAGCCGACUUUCAGCCCGUCAACACCAUCAAAGCCCUUCGAUGGUUCCGUCGGAUGCUCAAUUUGCCCCUUCCGGAUCUCUACAAUGGGCUCGUGGCCAUGUUGCUGGUGAUGCUCUUGGAGGCUCAGAUGUCUUUACAGGUCUGGCAUCGACUGCGCGAUAUGCAUGGCGACAGCAUUGAUCCUGACUGUGUCUGGUUUCGUUUCGACGAGGCGACAGGUGAUUUUGCGCCCUUAUCCUACGCACAGUCGCUGCGAGUGCUGCGAUCUUGGUGCGUGGCAUCCGGUGCUUGCGCCACUGGGGCGGAGUCAGUCUUCACUUUGCACUCCUUGAAGUCGGCUUUGCUGUAUCUUAUGCACCUUCGGGCAGUGGGGAAGGAGGAUAGACUCUCAGCGGGGCAUCAUCGCCUCGACAGCGCUGCAUUAUAUAGCAGAUCAGACACCGUGGGGGCGCUCAGAGCUCAGGCCGUUGUCUGCACAGCAGUACGGGCCGGAUGGCUGCCUCCUGCCCCGCAGAAGCGGGGGGCAGCUCAUUCGAUUCCUCAGCAACCGUUGUGCACCUUAGAAGCCGUGCCGCCUUUUUUUGAGGUUCCGCCCAUUUUCGGUCCAGUGCAUGUUUCUGUACCGGAGAAUGCAGCAGGAGCGCAUGUGCCUUCUGUGGCGGUCGAGCAGGCGCUGCUUCCGCAGGCCACAGCCGACGUCCAGCCUUCGCAGGCGGAAGAUAAUGCAUUCUUGAACGAGCAUGCUUCGGUGUCUUCAGAUUCGGAAUCAGCAGCAGAAUCUUUGGGCGCUCCCGAGGAGUUUGGUUACUUGGUCUCGUGCGUCCAGCUUGUGGCACGUUGUGCAAGAAUCUUCAACUGUCCAUGUCUUUCGCACCCGGGUCCAGGCUAUGCCGUCAUCCAGCUUGCCAUAAAAUUUUUGCAUCGGCCGGCUGAUAAGCUGCUUCAGUUGUGCACACAGUGUUGCCCUGGGGUUUUUGGCUUCUUUUCAACUGGCUAUGAGAUAAGUGGGUUGCCAGAGUCGGCACAGUAUCAGUGGUGGGGGCUCGGGCCCUGGACACCUUCAGGGCGGCAUGCCCGUUUGUUAUCCCGUCUUGGGAUAUGGCAUACAGCCGGUGGGGGCAUUGCCCUGGACACCGCGCUGGAGUUUCGGGUGGCUGUUCUGGUGGGGACUGAAGUCCUGGACACCAGUGGUGGGGCCAGCCCGAUGCGGGCCUUAUUGGAAGGCUCGGGCAUCCCGGAGUCUCUUUGGAAAGAUGAAUUCUUAGAUGGCCUCACGUACCCAUCUCAGCCAUCCGAUCUGUUGGUAAAGGCCCCACGGCUUGAAAAUCUGUUGUGGGAAGAGAUACCCAGCAGAGAGUUGCCCACACAGGGCAUGGCUAAGAGUGUUAUGGCAGAACUGCUUCAUUUGCAGGCAGUGGCGAUUGCGCUAGCAGACGGCGCCCAUCUCUACACCCUGCGGGAGAUGAACCGUAAAUUUCUUGUCAAGUGUUUCGAUCACUUGCCUCGGGAUGGGGGGUUGCGAGUUCCAAACAGAUUGGAGGCCGAGAACGCAGAGAAACAGCUUUGGCAACAGAUCGCGGUCUUGUUCAAUGAAGAGAACUGGACGAUGGAUCAGGCAAUACGCGAGGUUGUCGUGGCUCGCAACGAGCUUCACGUUCUGCUCAUGCCGAGGGCCGUCGCACCAAAAAUUCCAUGGCAACCGUGGACGCCGCAUCGCAUCAAAGGCGAUGGCAAGCAGGGGAACCUCGGCAAGGGUGGCAAAGGGGAUAAGGGCAAUAAGGGCGGUUCUAAGGAUGGCAAAGGUUCCCAGCGUCAUACCUUGAUGAUCAAUGGCCUGCGAGUGGGCAGUGCCCUGACCACGUUUUCUGAAGUCCCACCGGGGCCCGCAGCAGUGGAUGCUCCGAGCCCUGUGUUGAAUGCCACAUGUGCCGCCGUGGCAGACCCGUCGUCGGACUUAGCAAACAGUGAGGGCUCCAUGAAUUUGAACGUCUCCGUUGGGGACUUUCAGGGGGGUGCUUUGUGGCUGGAAUCAGCAACAGGCACUUUGUGGCGCCAGCCACCAGGCAGCCAGCACUGGGUGAAGGGCGAAGAAGUUCAGACUUUUCGUAAUCCCGUUGCUUUUCCAGCGUGUGCCUGGCAUGAAACCAUGCCAUUUGUGGGUACUAGAUGGUCCAUCACUUGCUACACGUUGCCCCAUGUGCCAGCGGGUACAUUAGCCAAUCUUGGUUUUCCGGAGGUAUCUCCGGAGCAACUUCCUCGUGUAUCGCAGUCACAGGAGUCAGCUGCCGCAUCCGCGGUUCAGUCCAAUGAGCCAAUCUCAGCCCUGCCACCGGUGGUGGCCACACAGCGGCACCCUCUUUUCUUCUUGGAUCUUUUCGCCGGUGCAGGUGCACCACUCUGUCAGGAGGCCGCACGUCGGGGUUGGGCGUGUAUUCCCAUAGAUAUCCUACAUAACAAGGCAUCAGACUUACGUGAUGAUCGUAUCUUCGAUGGCCUCUUGAAGCUUUCCCACUCAGGUGCAGUAGCGUUUGCAAACGCAUCCCCUCCUUGCUGCGAAUACAGCAUUGUGAAGCGGUUUGAUGGCGGACCGCCACCCUGCCGAUCAUGGGAAUGCUUGGCAGGCUUUCCCUCCAACAAUGCCGAAGCCCAGGAGCGUGUUCGAUCCAGCCACCUUCUGUUAUCUCGGGCAGUCAUGCUCUUGCACGCUGUAUAUCAGAGUGGCAAUCACGUAAGCUUAGAACAACCCCGUAACUCUAUGGCUUGGGCUGAGCCCGUGACUCAGGCUUUCCUUCUGGAAAUUGCGGCGGAUGUGAUUCAGGUUGCAGCCUGCAGUUAUGGUUCGAGCUAUGCAAAGUACUGGGCCUUCGCCACAAGUUGGCGACCUUUACAGCAAUUGCAAAGUACUUGCCAGCAUGCUGCGGGUCAUCAUGAUGCGUUUCACGGUAAACGUGACGCCGCAGGCCAGUUCGUGUCUCGGCAUACGGCGGUGUUCCCUCCCAUGCUGUGCAAUGCAUUCAUGGAGGCCAUUAGCCCGUUGUUCCCAGAGAACUCACAUGCUACUGACUUCACGUCAUUGGAUCAGGCACUUUCUGCAUUGCCAAUUCGCCCCUUGAACGAUUUCCCGACUGGCCAGCAGGAUGGUGGCGGCAUUUACAGCCAGCCCGACUGGACUUCUCCUCCGGCGGGGUCGAAGGAUACUUUCCGCCAGUUGCGUCAAGAUAUGUGGGGGUUUUUCAAAGAGCAUAAACUUUUUGAUCGCCUUCGCAAACAUGUCAGCCAGUCAUCGCAAGAGCCUCUCAUUCAGCAGCAUGAGCUCCCUGCAUUGCGAUCGAUUUGGGAAGAUUGGUUUAGAGCCCAGGGCUUCACGGAUUCAGUUUCAUGGGAGGUCGCGCCCGACCAGCCUUACUGUCUUCAGGCACUUGAGCUUUUGAGCAAGGCUCUUGAUGACCGUGAUGUGGAGCUUUGGAAGGACUUGCAGGCUGGGGUGCCAACGGGUGUUGAUGGUGACAUUUCUAUGAGCAACUGCGCCUGGCAACAGCUAGCAGAUACCUUGACGGAUGACUUGCAUUUCCGCAAAUCGCCACCAGGGUCGACCAUCCCCCCGGGCAGCAAGUUGUUGAGUGCUCGACAUGUGGAAAUCAAGUGCAAAGCAGACUUGCGCUUGGUGCGGGCCACAGGCAAACGUGUCUGGAUUCGUGUGGCGGAUGCAUCAUCUAGCAAGCGUCGAAUCAGCACGGUGAGCAGACAGUUCAUCAUGUUCUGGGUGCACUUUUGCAUGCGGCCUCAGAUGCCCCGCUGCUUGUCUUUGCCGCCUUUGGACUUCCAAUAUUCUUUAGCUGCUGACGCUUGUGCUAAGGGCAACGACAUUGGGAUUGGCGGAUGGGUUGAAUUGCCGAAUCAGCCCAUUGUUUGGUUUUCCGAAUGGUUUACGGUCCAAGAUUUCCGUGCGCUGGGAUUGCCCAUGAAAGAUGAUGCUAAUUUGGACAUUACAGCGUAUGAGACGCUGGCACAACUGGCUCUCUUGAUCGCUUUCAUUUCCAUCACUCCUACCGGGUGGAAAGGCGACUUGCAGGAACUUCCUUCCCGGUUCCUCUUGGAUCACCGGGUUCGUUGCCCACUCACAGUCUUGUGGGAGGGCGAGCGAGAUGUUCGCAUUUUCCCGCCAGAUGCUAACUUGCUUUGGUUCAACAUCUCACGGUGCGCGGUCGGCCUGGCCUUCCCCCGUGGGCUCUUGGGAUUUGUGCAGUCGCUGGGGCAUAACACGAUUGCCCUCCAGACCGACAAUGAGCCGAGCACUGUCGCGCUGCAAAACUUGAUCAUCGGUGUCCGAACAAGAUUGAACUUCAAAACCGUUGUGCGCAAUGCUGCUGUCGAGUCCCAUGCCUCCAAAGGGUAUGUGGAAAAGACGGUUGAUCUGCUGCGAGGGCUUUCCAAUGUUUUCCUUGACCAGGCCCGUGCCAAGUUCGGUUUAGGCCCUGAUUACCUAGGACCCAGUCACCCCUUGAUGGCAUGGAGUUACGUGCAUGCAGCGUUCAUCCUUAACAGGUUUGCUGUCAGAGGAGGUGCCACCGCUUUUGAGCGAGCAACCGGGUUCAGGUAUUCAGGCAAGCUUGGAAUGUAUGCCGAGCCCGUCUGGGGCUACCGAAAAGGGAAGCACAAAGGCGACCGCCGAUGGCACAGAGCCCUCAUGCUGACUAAGAGUCCAAGCAAUGACAUGUAUGUGUUGUGCAACUCUGCAGGAGUGUGGCUCACCAAGUCAAUCAGGCGAAAUGACAAGCCGUGGGAGUCCGAGCAGAGUCUGGCGAUUGAUGCCAAAGCUAGGCAUCGCGUGCCCAAGCCAGCUGACAAGGGUGAGCCCGAUGCUUUUGAAGGUGAGGUUCAGGUUGAGGCGCCAAGAAUGCCAGACAUGCCGGCCAUGGCGGGGAUCCCUCCUGCACCUGUGCCAGCUGAGUCAGUGCAACCGCCAAGCGUUGCGGCGGGGACCCCAGCGCCUUCUUCGAGAGCCACGCUUCUUCUUGACCGGUCUGAUCGUGCUCCGACAAGUGUUGUUGAGCCUGCUGCAGCCCCAGCGCCGCUUGAAUCACCAAUGGAAGUUGCUGCUUCUGAUCCGCCGUCUCCUGAAGGCGGAACGCCGGUGAUACCGAUGACAGAUGAUGAUCUUCUCAUCGAUGUUGCAAAGCGGGCGCAAGAUGCUAUCGAUUUGCAGCCCAGUGGGCAGGCAUCCAAGUACCAGCGCAUCGCCAGGGUUGGCGCUGAGGAGCUUCCCAUCAAUGAUGAGGUUCUUGAAUCAACCCCUGAGUGGGAGGAUGCUGAAAGGUAUCUUGAGUUGUCAGAUGAGGCUGCAGCUGAAUGGGAUGUGACCAACACUGAAGACAGCCAUGCCCUUGACAACGAAGAGUGUCUUUGGUAUGAUUCGAUCCCUGAUUUGUCCGAGCAACAGCAAGAGGAGCUUGAUCGAAUCGCUGAUUCUUUCGAGGUGCAGCGCUUGCUUCGCAAAGGCGUCCUUGAGGAGAUCGGGGAUGAAGUGGACACGUCGGACCACAAGGAAUUGUCUUCGAAGUUCGUGAGGACAUGGCGUAAGAAACUGCACAAAGACAAGAUGAUGUACUUUAGACGGUCCAGGCUGGUAGCUCGCGAGUACCGGUGGCUGGAGCGGGACAGAGAGGAUCUUUAUGCACCAGCAACGUCAGCCAUCACCACCAAGCUUUUGCCGUGGCUGUAUUGCGAGCUCAGCCGGCGAGCCAGAGAGUCUCCUGAUGAGACCGACCGCAUAGGAGUGAUCGCGCUUGAUGUGCGUGACGCUUUUCUUAACGUCCCUCAGGAGCGUCCCAUGCUGGCCAAGAUCCCUGGAUUUGCAAGCCGAAUGCGGUUUCUCAAGAUGCUCCCUGGACAGCGGGACGGGACAGCCCGAUGGCAUCAAUUCAUCAUGAACUACAUCCGCGAGGAGCACAAGCUCACAAGCUGUGCUGAGUGCCCAUCGGUGUAUAAGAUCGUUGAUCCCAAGGGCCGUGUAAACCCCGGGUUGAUACAUGUAGAUGACUUGUGCCUGGUUGGGUUUGUCCAGUGGCUUCUUAAAGAGCUAGUCCCAAGCUUUGAGAAAACCUUUGAAGUGUCCUACGAGGUAGCCUGCAUGCCUGGAGACAGCUUCAAGUUUCUUAAAAGAGAGCACAUAAUUCUUGAUGAUGGGAUCUUGAUAAAGCCACUUGCGGACCAUGCUGUGAAUAUGGCAAACCUUCUUGAUGUGCCGUUGCAUCGGAAGUUCCCUACGCCGUGCACCAAGGAGCUUCUCAUGCCGGAUGCAAGCAAGGAGCUGGACUCUGCUCGAGCAGCCAAGUACCGCAGCGCCGUUGGGAUAGGCAUGUAUGUGUCACAGGAUCGGAGUGACAUUGCUUUCACGGUGAGGGUGUUAGCCCAGAACCUUAAAGCACCGACCGAGCGCGGCUGGCAGUUUGCGCAACGCCUUGCAGGGUAUCUUGUUGGAACGGCCGGCUACGCAAGCAAGGUGCAUGCCAAGGGCGAUCGAGCAAGCAUUCUUGAGCCACCUGAUGCCGAGGAGUGUCUUGAUGGCGUUCGACUAGAGGUGUUCUGUGAUGCAGACUGGAGCGGCAACAAGCAGACUCGCCGGUCGAUGAGCAGCAGCUCGUUCUUUUUGAACAGCUGCUGCGUCUAUACUUCCUGUAAGAGCCAACGCUGCGUAAGCCUCAGUAGUGCGGAAAGCGAAUUUUACGCCCUGGUAUCCGCGGCGUGCGACGGCAUCUACCUGAAAAGAGUUCUUGAAUACCUGCUUGAACUACCGGUAGAUCUUUUGAUGAGGACUGAUAACAGCUCCUGUCGCCAGAUAUCUUUGAAGCAGGGUGUAUCAAAGAUCAGGCAUCUUGAUGGAAGGUUCCUCUGGGUGCAGGAGAAGACAGCCGAUCGCACACUCCGUGUACAGCCGGUCGAUGGGAGAAGGAACCCAUCGGAUCUGGGAACCAAGGUGCCGUGCUCAGGAUCCCGCCUACGUGCUUUGUUGUGCAUGCAUGACUUUGUGUGCUGUGCGGGUGACUGCAUAGAGGAGGUAGGCCGUGCAGAGCAUGAUGCGUUGUUGGAGCAGUUGCAGCGUGAGCGUGAAACACAGAGAGUUCGCAGACUUGUGUGUAAGACGCUGAAGAGCAACGGGAUGCAGAGCUUCAGCGCUGCAAUGAUGGUGAUGAUGCUGUCGCUUGUGCAAGGUGCCGAGAGCAGUGGUACCAGGCGUGAGGUCGGUGUGCAGACCGAUGAUGAUGCACGGUGGGCGCAGUCGCUGGCCGUCUUGGUGAUUUGCACAUGUGCUAUCCUUCUUGCCUUGAAAUCUUUGAGCCUUGGGCGGCUAUGGACCACAGAGGGCAAUGAAGAUGACAUCACCUUGAACGUGAGCAAUGCCAGCACCUCCACCGAAGAAGUGUACGAGCAGGGAACCGACGGUUGGUGGAAUUGGGUUCCAUUGACUUUCACCUGCAGCCUUUCAGCGUUCUGCCUGGCAAUCAUGAUGUGCCUGCGACGGGUGCGAGCCGCACUGCAUGCCGCUGAGCAGGAGAACGAGCGCUUGAGCAGAUUGAUCGCUGAAAUGAACUACGACCGUAUCGCUUGGGGAGAAUACCACGAGGCGAAAGUGUUUGUGAUUGAGUGCUCCCUGGUUGUCGCCAUAUCGCAAGAUAGCAGAGCCGAAGCAUCGGCUCAGACCACUGAGUCAGGCCUGUCCGUGUGCUGGGACAGCCGUGAGAAGCUUCGAUCCUUGAGGGAACGUGCUAUCGAGCUUUAUACAGAGCUGCAACUGCAAAAGCCUCGUACGCCAUCUUUGUCUGAGUACUCCUUUGGCAAGAGGCAGGUUCAGCUGAGGCAACUGCAUCAGCAUCGCCUUAACCGAUUGCACGUGGCUGCUGAGAUCAUUGCAUACGCCUGUAAGCUGCUUGCACUUGACACACAUCUUUUGGAAGUGUUUCUGCGGUAUUCCUACGAGGUAGUGCUGCGAGCUGAGGAAGUCAGGUCAUACCAGCCGGUCUUAAGCCAAGUGGUUGCACAGCUUGCGUCAGUUGUUGGCCAGCAAGCUCAGACAAGUGCUGCUGCCCCAGCGCCUCGAGAGGCCAGUGGUAGCUUUGAGGGUAAUUACACUUUGGCAAAUAAAGUCUUGAAGUAUCCUGAGAGCUUUGGAUCAGAUGAUUUUGAGAAGGAUUGUGGGCUUUGGUUCUCUUGGAGCAUGUCAUUUCGCAACUGGCUCGAGUUCGCAGAGCCUGUGUUCGAGAGUGAACUGCGUGAAGUCGAGCAGCGCUUGGACGAGCAAACGUCCAUCACAGGGAUGCCCGAGGCAUGUGCGCUGCGUGGCAAGCGCCUCUGGACAAUCCUGAGCACUUUGCUUAAAGGUCGUGCGCUUGGAAUCCUUCGGAGCGUGACAGAUCGUAAUGGUUACGAAGUUUGGAGGUUGUUGGUCACGACAUACUCUCCUAAGACUCGCAGUCGUUCGUUGGCCAUGUUGUCAGCGAUUAUGCAGCAGGGCCGUUUUACCACCAAGGGCCAGACUUUGCUUGAGCAAAUCACUGCUUUUGAACGUCUUGUGCAUGCUUACGAAGAUGCGUCCAGCUCCAAGGUUCCCGACGACAUUUUGUUGUCGAUACUUGUCCGAUGCUGCCCCAAUUACUUGACCCAACAUGUGCAUCUACGCAUGACCCCUACCACCACUUAUCAGGAGGUGCGUGCCAUGAUGAUAUCGUAUGAAGUGUCCACCACACGAUGGACUCCGACCAAGGUCGCCGCUGAUCUGGGAAUCACUUCUAGCAGUGCUGCACCCAUGGACGUUGAUGAGGGUCAUGCUUUGCGUAUCAAGGGCAAAGACAAAGGAAAAGGAAAGGAUGGCAAAGGCAAGGACAAAGGGAAAGGAAAGGACAGCAAAGGCAAGGACAAAGGGAAAGGAAAGGAUGGCAAAGGCAAAGGUGGUGCUAAGGACGGAAAAGGCAACGCAAAGGGUGCCAAUCAGGCUACUUCGAAGAAGGAUGUGGUUUGUCACUACUGUUGGAAGAAGGGCCAUUAUAAGAGUGAGUGCCGGAAGCUUCAGGCUGACCAGAAAGCCGGCAAUGUUCGUCAGGUUGAAGGUGCUGAGGCCCCCGCAUCCAACGACAACUCCAAGGCCACUUCAUCUACUGACAACAACAGUGCCAAUGCUGGCGCGCGGCCCAAUGCUACUGUGCGCCGCAUUGCAUUUGAUCUUACCACGCCUGACUGUGAUGUGCCAUCCGCUUCUAGCCAUGCUGUCAUUCGCAAGAUUUCUACUUGUGCCAGUCCUGAGUGGUUCGACAUGACUUGUGCAGAUCAUGUUGAUGAUAUGGUGACGGCCCCUGAGCCGCUGCAUUUCGACCUCACCUACAGUGACGAGGAUGGUGAGUGGACCAGGGCUUUCAACUGCGCGGCCUGUGCUGAGGCCCCCCUGCCGAGUGUCCGAGCUGUGUGCCACGAGCGUGAACUUGACAUUUGCGUUGAUUCUUGUGCUGACGAAAGCUGCAUUCCUUACAAUAUGAGUGAGAUUGGCUUCCCCGGUGGAGCCAGCCGCACCCUUCAGGAUGCUCAGGGUCACCCGAUGACCACCCGCGGUACCAGGUUGGCUGUCCUUGACAGCGGCACCGCCAGCUUUCGCGAGUCGUGGGUGAUUAGCCCCGUGAGUCAGCCGAUUUUCGCUGUUGGCAAAUUGUUGCGCCGAGGCUGGCGUAUCGUUGACAUGCAGCUGAUGUCGCCCGACGGCGAUGCGUGUGUGCCACUGCACUUUGAACAGAACAGCUUGAUGUGCCGAGGGGUUAUUCGGGUUGUUUCUUCUUCGGAUGUUGAAGUGACUGUCAGUCCCUUUAUGCUUCGAUGCCUUGAUACCUGUGACUACAUGUCUGAGGUCACUCCGGGUGUGUUUGGGCUUCGGUUGCUUACUUCACGAUUUCCCGACAUCACAAUGCUUGAGCCGUACGAAGGGCUGUGCUACCGGACAACCAUUGUGCGGAAGUCCGAGACUGAACCAUGGCAUCUGCUUGAGUUGUCUGAGCCUCUUGAGCUGCUUGAGCAAGGUAAGCUUGACCGUGUGAUCGAUGCGACACGACCCAAUCAUCCUUUCGACUGUGUGGUCUUUGGGCACCGAACUGUCCUUACUCCUGGUGAGCUUGGCUUUGAGUAUGCUGCACCCCCAGCUGGUUCAGAGGCACCCGUGCCCGCUCCAGCCGGUGUUCCACCAGGCCUUGCUGAGGAUGAUGCCCCAAACCUUGAUGCAGGCGAGGUGCCCGGUGUUGAGGUUGAAGCCCCUGCGGAUGCGGCUGUGAGCAGCGGUGACGCGCCACAAGUCGGUCCCCGGGACGAUGGCCAAGCUGAGGCUGUGAUGCAAGAUGCCAUUCAUGAUCAUGCUGGUGAGUUGCCUGAGUCAAUCACCAUUGAUGAUGUUGUGUUGACGGCUGAAACAAACUUGCGGACAUUGCGAGCCGCCUGCCAAAGCUUGCAAGUUGGAAAGUCUGGGAGCCGUGCUACGGUUUUCAAGCGUCUUGUUGAACGCCUUCGGCAGAUGAAAGUUGCUGCGAGUGCUGCGGUUCAUGCUGAGUCAAUUCCUGAGGUGAUUGUUCCGAGUCAGCCAGCCGAGCCGUCUCCCGAAGCUCGCCGCCAGCAUGAAGCAACGCAUUUGCCCUACGCUCCGUGGUGCGAGGUGUGUGUCGCACACAAGGCCAGAGACAAUGCGCAUCAUCCGACCGACCCUGCUGAGCGAAUCCCAACUAUCAGCUUUGAUUUCGGCUUCUCAAGCCGUGAUGACGAUGGACGGCAAAAGCUGUGCUGUUUGUUCCUCCAUGACUCCGUCACCGGCUGGAGGGAGGCAAUAGCUGUUCCAGGAAAGGGUGGAGUCCAUGGCGGCCUGCACGUGCAAGCAUACUUGACCGCCGAAGUCUGCCGGCUGUUAUCUUUUCUUGGGUAUCGCAAUGUGCGGCUGCGCUCUGAUCCUGAACAGACUUGUCUUAGUCUUCAGCAAGAGAUUGCCAAGGUCCGACAGCGUGUCGGUCUGCGUACCGUCACCGGCCAAGUAGCUGAGGAAGAUCAUGCCGCGAAUGGCGGGGCCGAGUCCACGGUUCAUGUUCUGCGUGCCCAGGCUGGUACCAUCUUGGCCGCGUUCGAACGGCGCACAAAGUCCAAGAUCCUGACGAAUCACCCGCUUUACUCUUGGGCUUACCGCCAUGCGGCCUGGCUCGUCAACCGAUUUUCGGUGCAAGCUGGGGGUAUAACCUCCUACGAAGCGGCAACUGGAAGGCCAUACAAAGGACCUGUUCUGCCAUUCGCCGAGACAUGCAUGGUGCUUGUCAAGCAGGCUCCCAAGGGACAAGCCAGAUUCCUUCAAGCUAUGAUGCUAGGGAAGCUUCCGUCUUCUGAUCAGUGGGUGUCAGUGACUGCUGCCGGACGGCUCAUGCUGAGUCGCACUGCGCGUAGGCUGUCUGAGUCCUUUGAGCCCCUAAGUCCCGACGUUCUUAAGGACCCCACUUGGAAGCAUGGUUCCUUUCUCACUGGUGCCACCGGAAGGUCUAAGGUGCAGGGCCGCAAGCCCGCGAUACCUCGCGAUGGAGUUGUGAUCGAGCAAGCGCCUCCUCAAGCCGAGCCGGCUGUGCCUUACUCCGAGCUGCUUGAAAGUGAACCGAUUGAAGGUGGUGUUGGUGCCAUUGAUCCUGGUGAGAUGCCGCCUCCCACGGCCGACGAUGACAGUCUGUCGAGUGACUCUAACUCAAGCCAGUCAAAUGCUUCGACGCCUGUGCUUCCUGCGAGCCCUGCUGGGCCGCUUUCUCGGGAUGGUGCUCCCGACCUUGACGAUCGUCCUUCAAAAGCUGCCCGAACUUCACCGCCCGGUGAACCUUCUGCUUCAUCUGCACUGCCUCCUGUGGCGCUGGCAAAUGUGCCACCCACAUCUUCAGAUGUAGCUUCUGCAGCCGCCCCAGAGGGCGAUGAUGAGGACAUGUCAGGAAACCCAGAUGCUAAGCGCGCCAGGGUUGCAAAGGUCACAGGUGUUGAUGUUUGCGUUGGGGAUGAAACCUUGACUUGCUAUCACAGCGACGAAUACCUCGCUGACUGCGCAGGUGACGUGCCUUUGUCAGAUCAAGGUGAUGAUUUCAGUGACGAUGAGUUUGGCAGUGAUGAUGAAAGCCAGCUGCCUCCCGAGUGCACUCCUCCGCUUGAGUUGUUCUUUCCGUUCAGCACCAGCGAUCCACAGCUGACUGAGGAUGAAAUGGCAAGGCUGUUCCAUGUUGCUGACCAACAUGAGAUUUCCCGCCUCGAGCGUAUGACAGUGUUGCAGCCACCCCUUGAAGGAGUCGAGUAUAGCAAACUGUCAACUCGGUUUGUGCGAAGUUUCCGCCCAAAGCCUCAUCCUGUCACUAAAGCUCCUUCGCUGUUGUUUCGUUCACGACUUGUUGCGCGAGAAUACAAGAGAUGUGAUCCAUUUCGGGAAGACCUAUAUUCACCAGCCUCUCAAGCCAUUCUGAAUCGAGUGCUUCCGGCUCUGAGGCAGUCUUAUGGUGCCGAUGGCGCCAUCUUGCUAUCUGCUGACAUUGCCGACGCCUACUUGACCGUCCCGCAGGACAAGCCAACUAUAGUUACGUUAGGCUAUGGGGUGUCUUAUGCUUUGGGUUACAUGUUGCCGGGACAACGUGCGGGUUCGAAAGGGUGGUUCAAUGCCUUCACGACUUUUCUGGUUGAUAAUGCCGGUGCUGAGUUGUGGCGGGGCUGUGAGGCCCUUUACCGCUUGAAACCCCGUGAUGGUGAGCACGACCCAGUGCCCAAUGCGGGCAUGUUGCAUGUAGAUGACACCUUGGCGUCAGGUUCGCGGAACCGGCUUGAAAGUGUUCUUGAUGUGAUCAAAUCAAAAUACAAAGUGUCAGCAGAGAUGAUGAUCCAGGAAGGCGAUGAGAUCUCUUUCUUGAAACGGAAGCAUGUGCUUUCGAGUGAUGGUGUGCUGAUUAUCCGUCGUUCCACCAAGCAUUUGAGCAAGCUUCUUGAUAUGCUGGGACUUCAGAAUGCAGCCAUCAAGCGUACCCCACUUCCUUCGUGGAGCAACGAGGACCUUCGUGAUGACGGCGAGUCGUUGUCUUCAGCUGAUCAAGCUACCUUCCGCAGUGCUGUAGGUGUGCUUAUGUAUAUGAGCCAAGAUUGCGGCGACUUGCAAUUCGCCAUUCGUCUGCUGUGCCAACACAUGUCAUCCCCGAGCAAGCGAGCCUUCGAGUUGCUGCGUCAUGUUGCGCGGUAUGCCAAGGGCACUUCAGGAUAUGCGCCAUCGAUGUCUCCCACAUCUCCGGGUGUUGGCAUUCGUGCCCGAGCUUCGAGUGAAGGGUCUUCGCUUGUUGAGAUCAUGUCUGACUCUGACUGGGGUGCUUCAAAAGCAAACCGCCGAUCUGUGAGCGGAUGCGUGUGCUUGAUUGAUUCCAAUGUGGUUGCAAGUUCCAGCCGCACCCAGAAGUCGAUCAGCUUAUCGUCAUGUGAAGCCGAACUUCUAGCCUUGACGGCUGCCUGUGCUGAAGGGAUCUUUCUUCGUGAAGCCGUGUCGUUCUGCACCCAGCGCCCUGCCGAAUUGAUAGUGUACACUGACAGUGCUUCCGCUCGCCAGUUCCUUGCCAGGCAAGGACUAGGACGAUUGCGGCAUCUUGAUUUACGGCUGCUGUGGUUGCAGGACCUUGUGCGAUCCCACCAAUUGCGCUUGAGUGCUGUGCCAGGGCCAGAGAAUUUAGCAGACUUGCAGACGAAAGCUUUGAAAGCCGAUCGUAUCCGGUAUCUGCUUCAUGGGUUUAAGGUUCGCGAUGAGGCCAACUCAGAUGAGCUUGUUGGUGUUGCCGAAGCCACGGCAAAUGAGGAUCGUGCUGCAAUCAGUUCCGCUGUGAGAGCGGUUCGCGCGUAUCGAGGUCCCGCUUCAAAGCUGAGCCUCUUGCUUCAGGCGCUGACAAUCGUUGAUUCCUUUACGGCAUGCGCGGCACAAGGCCGGGAAGACACCUUGAGCGGCUACGGCCUCCUCGGCUUUGCAGUUUUCGCAAUCUUUUGCAUGAUCAUGUGGAUUGUCUUGCGAUUUUGCCGUGCACAUGUGCCUGCUGAUGAGAUUCAGCCUGAGCUUGAGCCAGAUGUGUCAGACCCUGGCGGGGACAGCAGCAGCGAGUUCUCUGAUGUUCAUGAUGCCACCGUUGCCGGAUCAAACGAUGUGCUUGUGACGGCGAUUGUGCCGGUGCCACAGCAGGCCCCUGCCCUGCCUCCAGCGACCGUCACGGUGCGCCAUGAUCUGAAUGAUUUGUUUGUGUACUACACGCGUUAUGGUGAGUGCAUGCAUUCUUUGAGAGAUUGUCGUGGACUUCGCAGUGCCAAUCGAAUCUUCGGAGAUCCGCUUCAUGUUGUGCUUCGCGUGCGGCCUGGACUGAGGCCUUGCAUGUUCUGCGGAGGGCCAAUCUACACUGUGCUUGAGCGCUUGCGUGCGCCUCCUCGUGUGGCUGUGCUUGAGCUCCCGCUUGGUGAGCCUGAACCCGAUGGCCUCUUCUAUGGCGAUCACAAAGAAAGCAUUCCUCUUUUCCAUGAAAACAUUCAGAAAGAUCGAACAAGAGAGAGAACGCUGCCAAUGCCAGAGCCGAACCGUGCUAUCUUCAUAGAUGGCGAUGCCGCACGCGGUUCCAACGAUGUGAUCCAGCAUGUCUGCGUCCUCAUCGUCUUCCUCUUCCUCUUCGUCGUCAACGCCGGCGGCACCUACGACCCGGACUGCGCCCCGCCUUCCUCCAGCAACGACCAGUCGGUGCCUGCCGAUGCCUCUGUUCCUACCUCGCUGCCGGAUCCGUCUACCACCCCUACGGCAUCCUUGACGUCUCCACCUACAGCAUCUUCGACCUCAGCAGCUCCCUUCAGCUCCGCUUGCACGUUGGCAACCUUACGCCAGUGUUUGGCCACGGCAGGCCAACUUGACACCUAUUUGCAAUCCGAUUACUCUACACGGCUGGGCUCCCUCAAGGCGGUGCACUGGGAUCGAGUGUAUACUGCAUUGCUGCAACACAGGCCCUACUUCAAAGCGCUCCCUCAUCGCCGACAAUGUCAACGGGAGUUACUUUUGGAGGGACGCCAUUUUGAAGUGCCUUUCACCCUAGCGGAUCCGAUACUCACAGUGAUGCAUCUGUUGGUACAUGCCGGAUACCAUCCUCACAGUGUCCAGUUCAAGUUUACACACGUCGAGGCCCCCCAACAUCAACCAGACCAAGCAGGCAGACCGAUGCUGAUGGUCUCGCUUCCCUUCCCGGCAGCGGCACAGCGUAUUAGCGGGGCACCUGCCGUCGCGUAUUUCGGUCACAACACGGACCUUCAGGCGGCUUUUGGCAUCCUUAAAGAAGGCUGCAUCCGCCCCAGCAAUUUCGACCCCCUUGACGCCUCUUGGCUACCGAGUCCUGCCUUUUACUCUCGCGCUUCUGUCCACAGUCUCAGCGGAGCCUUACGGGCUGCAGCCAAGUUCGGAGGAUGGGGCUCUCCCCGUCCGAUUUGUGUAUAUGGCCGAAUCCCCAUUUGCUAUCUCGACAUAGCCAAUGCCGCGCCUGCCGACACACCGUCUUCAGUGCUCCCCAACACUCCCGCGGCCUAUCACCUGAAGAGCGACAGUGGGGGCACCGUCCCCGAAAACGCGGCGAACUACUUCGUCUCCAUCCUACACGGCAACGACAACCGUUGGGGCGUGCACUCCACGCUUGCACAACCAGAAGGCAUCGCCGUGUUCAUGUGA